CCUCGAGCUGAAGGCCGGACGCCAGAGAUCUGUGCAUCAUGAGCAGCCAGGGUGCCCACCAGCCACCGAUGCCAGUCCCCUCUACAGGUACAUCACAUCACGUGCGAAGGAAGGAUGCCGCCCGCAGAUCAGAUCCACACAUGAUUGAUCAAUCUACGUCGGGACAUACAGUGUGUACGCCCACCACACCACGCCGUCUGUCUGUUUCUCUUUCUGCUGUGUGCCGUGGUUUGCAGGUGCUGUGUGCGUUAAGCAGGAGCCUCAGGCUGACAGCACAGCCCCGCGAGCCACCCCAGACCUCACUGUGUCAUCCCACGGUAUUUCUGGGCAGUCAUCAGCCCACACCACCGACCGCUCCUCACCCACCCCCUGCCCACCUGGCCACCAUCACGAUGCGACCUCUUCCUGUGGUCCUCCUGGUGCUUGUGGUCGUGAGCGUGUCGAGACCGAAGCGGCGCAGACCCGGAGGGGCGGUGGUGGUCAGGGCGAGGCCGCAUCGUCACCACGUCACUUGAAAGGUCAGUCAGCCGCACACGACGCAUUGCAUUGCCGGCCCUCACGGCACCCAUCGGUCCACAAAUGCAAUGCAACACAUUGUUUAUUGUGCGGACGUGGAUGUAUUUGCAAUGUGUUGUGUGGCGUGGCGUGGCAGCGACGGAGCUUGAGGACUUUGAGGACGACGACGAUGAUGAUGAUGAUGAGGCGGAGGAGGAGGAGGAGGAGGAGCAGGAUGAGAUGACAUUGCUGAUAUUCCGCAGCAGCGCCGCAGCGGCGGCGGCACAAAUGGCCACAUCUGUGCCUCCAGGCCUCUCAGGUACGCCGGUCGAUUCUGAAAGGCGUCACAGACUGGGCACUGUCCACCAUGGCCUGUCUGUCUCUCCGGGCCCUUGGCCAGAUGCGGUGGCUGGCCGUGAGGACGAGCAGAUGGGCGAUGGCGAGCAGCAAGAGGAGGGAGAUGAGGUAGCGGCCUCUGCUGCUGCCACCAAUGGUCCGCCUGUGCCGCUUUGGCGGAUGCCAUUUCCCCCAUUCCCCUUCCGCCCACCACUCGACGGUACGCGCAGACAGACAGACGGACGGACGGACGGAUGGAUGGACGGACGGACGGACGGACAGACGGAUGGAUGGACGGACAUGUGGCCGACGUCUGCGGACAGGUCGCCGCGGUGUGGUGAUGGGUGGCAUGGGUGUCCCCCCGCCGACGCCAGGUGAAUGAAUGAAUGAAUGAAUUAAUUAGUGAAUGCACACACAUACAAUAUCCGUCCAUCGAGGGAUGUGUUGUGGUUGCUGCCUCGUUGUGUGUUGUGGUCCUCUCCUCUGAGGAUGGAUGAAGAUCACGAGAAUGAGGCUGAGGGCGACGGCGAUGAAGAGCACACGCCCGACGGACCAGGUGGGUGCCGUGCCCACAGACCCUCAGACAGGCAGCCUAGCCAGACGUGUCGCGUCGUGCAUGUUGCUUCUAAGGUGGAUUGCAUAAAUGUGCUGUGUGUGCAGAUCUCGCCGCUGCCGCUGAUGGGCAUCUCGAGGACGUCUGCACUUCCUGCGAGCGCCACUACAAGAGCGUCAGGGAUAAAGUCAAGAGCAGCGCCUUCUCCCGCCUCAACCAUCAUCCUCACGUGACCGCCACCUUCACCCCCGCCCCCUCUCCCCCACCAAACACAGACGAAGUCACUGUCACCAUAGGGCCAUUUCUCGCGGGGGAUGCGAGCGACCAAAGCAGCCACAGCCACAGCGACGGCUACUUUGUGCGGGGCCUGGCCACCCGACCAAAGGGCAGCAAGAGGUGGAGCUUCUCGAAGUCGCUCACUUACAAGGUCAGGAGUGUGCUCGACCACGGCGUUGAGAAGUUUCGCUUCACUGAGGAGGCCGGCAGGCGCAUCAUCGGCCGCAAAAUACGGCACGGUGAGCGGACAAUCCGAUCUCUGUGGCGACAUCCAUCCCUGGUGUCUGUGUAUUUGGUUCCUCCAGAUGACUGCGAGAUGUUAGCCGCCACCCCGCCGGCGCCCCGCCCUCGCCAUGUCCCACCCUCUGCCAGUGGAUCUGCAGCCGAGGCCGCAGCAAUGCGUGACGUGACCCACCAUCCCCCAGCCACCGACCCUUCUCCGACUGGGGAGGUGGCCGAGAGAAGGGCCGGCGAACCCAUUGAGGACUGGCAGGCGUGGUGGGAGAAUGCAAUCGACGACUUAGACGACAGCAGCGACGAGGGCGGCCAGGGAGAGGGGGAGGGCGGCGAUGCGGCAGAGGAGCACGCUGAGCGCACUCCUCAGCCGGGUGUCCAAGUCAAGACUGAGCGUGGCCCCCGCGACGGUGGCAGAACCGGCAGGCAGCAGCAGCAGAAACAGCAGCACCACGACCAAGCACACACACCGGAGGGUACCUACCUUCCAGCAGCACCACCACCAGCGGCAGCGGCAGCGGCAGCAGCAGCAUCCUCAUGCCAUGGGCCACAGAGAAACAGCAAUCCUCACUACCUUGGUUCGUUUGGUGGUGCAACAGCGCUGGACAAGAACACCCUUAACCGCGGAGGGAGGCGCGGGGAGUCACCACAAGCAGCAGCUGCUGCUGCGUCAAGUACUGGUGAUGGUGGCAGAGAGGGCGGUUUGCUGCGGGCGCUGCAUCGGUUGCCGAGGAAGGAGAAAGGUGGCGGCGAUGGGGAGGUCGGGAUGGACGUUGACCACAAGGCGCGCAAGAGGGGCCGAGAGCCAUCUUCAGGUGCGUUUACGGAGCCUAUACAAUACACCCACAUGCGCACCUGUGUGUGCUGGUUUUGUGUGCGUCAUGUGCAGGUUCGUUUGGCGGUGAGUUGGUGGACGCCAAGGACGCCCUCGACGUCUACGCCAAGCAGAGGCUGGCGGAGCUGCGCCGCCUCAAUGGCUACGGCCGAGUAGGCUACGGCAUCUACAUCGUGUGGCAUCAGUUCACGUGGAUGGUCCGAGUCGGCAGCCGAUCAGGCCGAUUAGCUGCCUGCGACACCAUCAGCCCGUCAAGCCGCACCCAAGAGGCCAUCGACAAGGCUCUCGAGGAGGCCGUCGACACCCGCAACCGGCUGGCCGAGACGGCUGGGCUUCCCCCCAUCCGGUCGCUGCAUUCGCGGCAUUGCGGUGGCGAUGAGGGCGAGGGAGACGAGCAGCUGCCGGAGGGCGCGUCUGAGGACGAGAAGGGAGCUUGUGCGCUGGACAAGAAGACCUUCAAUGCCUACGGCAAGGAGCGGCAGGCCGCGCUGCGUCGCCUGAAUGGCGUCAGGGGCACACACAUCAUGUGGCACCACAACGGAUGGUUCAUUCAGAUCCGCCUCGACAACCAGCAAAAAUCAUACAGAAUCGGAGUGCGAGGCCGCACACGGCAGGCCAUUGACAAGGCCCUGCAGGAGGCAGUCGAGAAGCGCAAUCGGCUGGCCAAGACGGUUGGCCUUCCCCCUCUCCGCUAUCCCCCUGGCGAGGGCGAGGAGGAAGAGGGCAAUGAUGGCGAUGAGAUGGACAUGGCCGAGCAUGACGACGAGGAGGGAGAGGAAGGGGAACACGACCAAAAGGCGCGGAAGAGGCGGAAACGGAAAGGGGGCCUUCUCGACGGCUACGCCGAGGACCGGAUGAGCGAGUUGCGUCAUCUCAACCGCCACAUGAGCACCUACAUCACUUGGCACCCCGAUGGCAGAUGGCAAGUCUGUGUCCGCCACGACGGCAAAUCGCACUACGCUACCGUCCGCCCUCGAGCCCGUACCCGAGAGGCCAUCGACGAAGCCCUCGAUGAGGCCGUCGACAAGCGCAACAAAUUGCUCGACACAAUGGGCUGCCCACCCAUCCAGCCGCUGCCUUCGCGAUGUCGGCAGAGAGGGGGCGAGGGGGACGGCGAGGGUGAGGAUGGCGAGAUCGAGGGCAGCAGCGUCGCGCCUGAGGAAGACCAAGACGACGAACAAGACAGUGAGCCAUACAAAGGGAGGGGGGAUGCCUGGAUGCAUGGAAAGAUGGAGGGGUGUGUGGUGUUCAGGCUCGUUUGGUGGUGCCUCGGUGGACAAGGACGCCCUCGACCGCUACGCCAGGCAGCGGCUGGCAGAUUUGCGUCGCCUCAACGUCCCCGAGGACAUCAAUUUCAGGUGGCACAAGUUCGCCUGGUCGAUCCAGUUCCGCCACAAAGGAGGACGGCUCUGGCGCACCUUCCCCCCGCUACCCUUCACACAAGAGGCCAUCGACAAGGCCCUCGAGGAGGCAGUGCAGGCCCGCAACCAAUUGGCCAGCGACCUGGGCCGUCCACCCAUCCGGUCGCUGCCGUCGGGCCAUGGCCAGGGCGUCGCUGAGGGAUCGGGGGAGGCCCAUGGCGACGGCGAGGAUGAGAUGGAGGGCAGUGUCGGGGCGCCUGAGGUCGAGGAAGAGGAGGAGCAAGACGAGACAGACGGUGAGCCACACAGAGGGAGGGAGGGAGGGAGGGAGGGGUGCACGGGACAAACAUAUGGAUGCAUGUGCGCGCACUUGUCGGUUCAAUGCAGAAGAGUACGACCGCAAGCCGCAGAAGAGGGCAAGAGGGAGAGAGACCCCUGCAGGUGGGUGACCAUGCAACACAGAUAUGAAUGGAUCACCCACCCAUCCACCCUAUCACAGACGUGUGGUGGUUUUGUGUGCCGGUGUUCAGGCUCGUCUGCUGAUCUGGAGAAGGACGCCCUCGACCGCUACGCCAAGCAGCGCCUGGCCGAGCUGCGUCGCCUUAACGAGACCGAUAGAAUCAACGUCAGCUGGUACGACUUCGCAUGGUCAAUUCAACUCCGCCAAGGCAGCGGACGACGACGUGCCUCGCACGCCAUCAACCCACGCGCCCGCACACUACAGGCCAUCGACAAGGCCCUCGAGGAGGCCGUUGACAAGCGCAACCGCAUGGCCAAGACGAUGGGGUGUCCUCCCAUCCGGUCGCUGCCGUCGGGCUGCCCGGCUGGCACCGGUGGCGUCGCUGAGGGGUCAGGAGAGGCCGGUGGCCAGGGUGACAAUGACGCCGAGCAUGGCCGGCUGGCGCGCGUCGGCGACGAGGAAGAGGAAGACGACGGGCACGACCAUACAGGCGGUGAGCCACACAGUCACAGAGGGGGAGAGAUCCAUGGAUGCGGUGCACGACACAAAACACAACAGCGGAUGGGACGGAUGUGCGCACAUCAAUCACAUUUGCUGGUUCAAUGCGUUCAAUGCAGAGCAAUACGACCGCAAGCCGCAGAAAAGGGCGAGAGGGACAGAGGCCUCUGCAGGUGGGUGCCACAGGACAUCGUGAGAGUCACACGCGUGUGGUUUUGUCUGCUACUGUUCAGGCUCGUCUGCUGCUGCUGCUGCUGCUGCGGUGGACAGGGACGCCCUCGACCGCUACGCCAAGCAGCGGCUGGCCGAGUUGCGUCGCCUCAAUGAAAGCGGUAGAACACAGGACAGACACACGGUGGGUGUGGCUUUGUAUGCGACUUACUGGUCAGGCUCCUCUGCUGCUGCGGCGGCGGCGGCGGCGGCGGCGGUGGACAGGGACGCCCUCGACGUCUACGCCAAGCAGCGGCUGGCGGAGCUGCGCCGCCUCAACGUCUCCGAGAGGAUCAACGUCACCUGGUACGACUCCACGUGGGUGAUCCGCUUCCGCCAAGGCAGUGGACACCGUGCCUCCCACGCCAUCAACCCCCAAGCCCGCACACUAGAGGGCAUCGACAAGGCCCUCGAGAAGGCCGUCGAGACUCGCAAUCGGCUGGCCAAGACGAUCGGUAGUCCCCCCAUCCAGUCGCUCUGGUCGGACCACCCCGCUGGCGCCGAGGAGGCCAACGAGGGUGAGGGAGAUGGUCAUGGUGACUACGAGGUCGUCAUUGAGGGCAGCGGCGGCGAGCCUGAGAAUGGGGACGGGCGCGAGAAAGAGGAACAAGAAGAUGAUGGCGAUCGUGAUGAUGCCGGGCUGAGCAGCGAGAAGAUACAGAAGGCCGUGGAGGUCAGGAACAAGACGCUCAAGGACAGUCCGCCCCUGUUGCUGCCCCAAUGCCUCACCGCUUCGCCCACCAGCCCCGCUGCGCCGCCAGUAGCACCACCACCACCACCACCAUCAGCAGCAGCUGCUGAUGCAUCGGCUCGUCACGACACCAACGAGCAGCAGGACCAGGCAGCCGAGAUGGCUGAGGAGGGCGGGCCCAUGAUGGUAGGCGGGGAGCGGGGCAAUGGUGAUGAGCCGGGUGGUGUGCUGAAUGGCUGUGAUCCGUCGUCGCCUGCUGAUCAGGUGAGGGGCAUGGGACGACUGAUGACAGACAGGAAGACAGACAGAGAGGCAGGCAGACAGAGACACGUCCACUCACCUUGUUGUUGUUUGUUUGUGUUGUGUGUCGGUGGGUGGGCGGGUGCGGUGCGGUACGGUGCAUUUAUUCAGGGUGUUGCAGCCGGCGACAUGCAGCCACGCGAUAUGGACAUGGAGGUAUAGACCUGCCCCUGCCCCCUACUGACUGAAGGGAGGGAGGGAGGGAUGACCGACUGACAUUUAUUCGACAGACAGGGAGGGCGGGAGGGAGAGGGCUUUGUCCUUCCUUUGCCGCCUGGCUGUACCGAUGGAUGGGUGGCUUGACGUGGGUAAAUGAAUGACGUGUGUAUGACGUCGUUCCACCCCACCCACAGCUCGCUCUUUGCAGCACAUGGUUGUCGUGUGUGCGUUACAUCGAUCAUCCAUCCAUCCAUCCAUGUGUGUGUGUGUGUGUCGUGACGUGUGCUGUGGUGUCGUCUUUUCUGUGUGUGGCGAGCGUGUCGCCUGUGGGCGGACGCCGCAUGAGCAACCAAGGCGACAGACGGCCUCAUUCGGUGUGUUCGUGUGUUUAUUGCAUUGCGUGAUUGGUGCCCUCUCGAAAGGGCGAUGGGGAGGAGAUGGAGACACUUGACAUGAGCCCCGGACGAAGGGAGGGUCUGGUUGACUCAUAGCUGUCCAUCCACUCUAUCGACACGCAGUUCACGUAGGCAUCAGUCGGUUCAUCUCUGACCCAUCCAUCCAUCCAUCCA